CAGCAGGCAUGGCAAGCAUCCUUGCACACGUGGGUGCCAACCGGGGGCAAAAUGCAGCCAUGCCUCCUUGGGCCCAUUCCUUGCUGAGAUCCCUGGGGAGAAGUCUUGGCCCUUUGAUGGCCUACAUAGCAGAGAGAAACCUGAAAUUGUUCUCAGGGAAAGCAGUGCCAGUCCCAGGGGAAGAAACCUUUGAAAACUGGCUGAUCCAAGUCAAUGGGGUCCUGCCAGAUUGGAAUAUACCUGAGGAAGAGAAGCUCAAGCGUUUGAUGAAAACGCUCAGGGGUCCUGCCCGCGAGGUCAUGCGUUUGCUCCAGGCUGCCAACCCUAAUCUAAGUGUGGCAGAUUUUUUGCAGGCAAUGAAAUUGGUGUUCGGUGAGUCUGAAAGCACGGUGACGGCUCAUGGUAAAUUUGUGAACACGCUCCAGGCAGAGGGGGAGAAAGCCUCCCUUUAUGUGAUCCGUUUAGAGGUGCAACUCCAAAAUGCUAUCCAGGCAGGCGUCCUGUGCGAGAGAGAUGCAAACCAGACUCGCCUGCACCAGUUCCUGGUAGGGGCUGAGCUGAGUAGGGACCUGCACUGCAGGCUUAAGGGGCUUCUCAGGGUGUAUGCAAAUGAGCCAGAGCAGCUUCCUGAUUUCCUGGAGCUAAUCAGAAUGAUUCGGGAGGAGGAAGAUUGGGAUGACACAUUUAUUACACCAAAGCAGCCCAAAAGAUCUGAGUCAGAGGUGGAGAAUGUAAGCAGCCCCGUGAUAUUUGAGGACAACUCCCAAAUCGCCAUGAGCAGUGCUGACUGCAAUGUGAUAGAGAUAGACGAUACCCAGGAUGACUCAGAUGAGGAUGUGAUCCUGAUAGAAUCUGAGGACCCUCCGCUCUCAUCCUUGGCUUCCCCUCCCAUUCCAGACAUCUAUCAGGACCAAGUGCUGCUCAUUGAUUCCCCCAGCACUUCCGCCACUCAGUCUCCUUCCACCAGCCAUGGUGAUGGGCGGAGAGCCAGGAAGCGAAAACACACAAGGGGCUGUACUUCUUGUGGUGAGGAGGGUCACUCAAAAGAAACCUGUGACAAUAGCAACAAGACCCAAGUUUUUGAGAAUCUGAUCAUCACCCUACAGGAGCUGACACAUAGAGAGCAGGGGCCAAGACCUGUCAAAACCUAUGGCCCCUGUGAGCUACAGUAUGGUGCUGGCCCCCAGCCUUAAAUGAGCCCCUGACUAGGAAAUUAGAGGAGGGGAUGUGUCUAACUUGCAUGAAUUAAUCUGAAAAGCAGUUUUCUUUUGUAUGGAGAAAGGGUCUUGAAUAGCAACCAGUAGAGUGAAAGAAGAUGGCCUGUAAUCCAUCCUUGCUUUUUCUCCCCAUUGCUGAAGAUCCUGUUUUCUGUGUGUGCCCAUUUCCUUGAUUGCUUUGUUCUCUUGAUGAAAAUAGCAUCUUUCAUUGUUAAGUGUUCAACUAUUAGAGAAAAUUAUAAAAAGGUGAUGUACAAGUGAUCUAGAACUCUCCACCCUUUGGUAAAUGUCCUUCUAGAUAUUUCUCUAUGCCUAUGUACACAGAUAGCUAUAUAUUAUAGAUAAGUGAUUCAAUAUAAGUGCUAUUCUAUAUGCUGUAUUUUUUCA